AUGGGCCGCCACCUCCUCUGCGACUACUGCCGCCUCCAGGGGUUAAGGCCGUCGCCCUUCUUCUCGACGCGCGCCGGGUGUGAUGCGUGUGGCACGACGCACAUGAAGACGGCCGGCUACGCCGAGGCCUGCGCGCUACCGUCCUUGGCCGCCUCGUCGAUUUUAGAUAAGAACAAGGAGUGGCACGCGAACGUGCCCACGAAGUGGGUCAAGCGACGGAGCGAGGCGUCGCAACAUUCAUUAUCAUUCAUUGAUCCCCUUCGUAAACAACGAGACGCGGACGAGCAGGGCCUGGCUUGUAAACGACUACUCCGACGAAAUAAAUUGGAGUGCUGCGUCUACCACCCGGCGCCGUACAGGUUAUGCUUAUUUGAUUGUAGGGACGGCCCGUCACGCGGCGACGUCGUGGCCACGGUCCACUACGACAUUCUGAAGAGGUACGUGAACGCCGUGGUCGUGGAAGAUCGGUGGCGCCGCCGGGGCCUGUCGCGCUUGUUGCUCGAAAGCGCGCUGGAGCACAUGGAUAGAGCGGCACCAGAAAAAAGGAGCAAGCCCGUCACGCUGUACGUCACGCAAGACAACCACCACGAGCACCCUUUUUUGAUCGGCUUCUACGAAAGGCAAGGCUUUAAGCUCGUCGACGGGAGCUUCGGCGAGAUGGUGAAAAGCGAAUCCGUCGACGCUGCUCCCGUCGUAGCAAAGCCCGCGCCGCCGCCGCCCGCAGAAAAGGUACCUAUCUCGGAGGAGCUACGGCGCGAGGAGGAGGCCUUCUCCUCCGCGCGCCGCCAGCAGGAAAGGUACGGCGACGGCGCCUUCUUCACGGCGCCUCUCCCCGUCGAGAGGUUAUUGGCAAGGCCGCGGACCUCGCAGCGCCCGCGGCGGCCCGUCGAGCCGCGCCUUGCUUGGCCCGCGCGACCCGCUACGGCGCCGGCGUCGAUGUUUCCGCAGCCAUCGGCGCCGGACGAAUACUUAGCGACGGACGGCUUCCUGGCGGGCCGCUCCGGCGGCCGCGCCGCGACGGCCUUCCGCGCGCGCGUCGACGCGGCCGCCGCCGACCGCGACGCGCGCGUGGCGGAAAUGCAAUCACGAAGACGGUCCGCGACGCGUCCCGCGACGGUCGGCUCGCCGACGCGCCCGCCGACGCGCGUCCGAGCGGCGACGGGCGGCGGCCCGACGCACAUAUCGCGACCGUGCUCUGCGCAACGGUCAAGACCGUCUGAGGGCGUGACGCUGGACGAGUACCUCGCGGCGUCCGGCGUGGCCGUCCCGCGGCCGCACGAUCUUGUUAAUUCGGGCACCAGACCCGGACCUGCGACCAUCAGCGCGUCGCCGCCGCGGCGCUCGCCGCCGCGGACUCCUAGUCCGCCGGAGCGCAAGGCCCAGCGACGGCAUUCGCCGAUCCCGGCGGACGCCUCAGCCGGUCAAAUCCGCGCCUACCACCGCCGCCAGGCGCUGUCGCCAGCGCGCCAGCGGACGGUGCGGACCCAGUCGUUCCGCGCGUUGCCAAAUUGCCCCUACAAGUCGUCGGAUCGACGCAAGGAGCACCUCCGGCGCAUCAUGCUCGGCGCCUAAUUGUAAACAUGUCUUUCACUUAA